AUGGAUGGAAACCUGCUGGAUCAGCUUACUGAGUUGAGGGAGCACGGCCAGGCAGACCGGCUCGCCGCCACAGUUCGAUCAGUAAUGUCGUUGGUGCAGAAUAGUGGAGGUGGCGGCCACUCGGCGAGAGUUGUAAGGCAAGUAAGAACCAUUGCCGCUAACGGUGUGAACUGGGGGUGGCGCGGCGUGUUGCUAGAGGGAGUGUGGCCAGUGAUGGCAGUGGAAACAGUAGCCUGGAGGUAUGGGUUGCUAUCAUCCAAUGUUGUGCUCAGUGCUCCUCGCUCAUACUUGCUUGCCGUAUAA